GCGCAAAGAAAAUCCCUACUUCCCUAGCUAGCCAUGGAGAGCGUCGAGCACCACGACGAAGCCGCCACCGGCCUCUCCCUUUCCCCUCCCCCUACGUCGGCGCCGCUCUCCCCACUGAUAUCCCCCAACUCCGCGGCGGUGGCGGCGCUAGCGAACGCGUGUUGGGUGCCUACCAGGGAGCAGAUCACGGUGCUGGAGGGGCUGUACCGGCAGGGGAUGCGCACCCCCACCGCCGAGGAGAUACACCAGGUGACGGCGAGGCUGCAAGAGCACGGCCCCAUCGAGGGCAAGAACGUCUUCUACUGGUUCCAGAACCGGCUGCGCCAGAAGCAGAAGCAGCAGCAGCAGAGAUCCGACUACUUCGCCAGGCAGCUCCGCCGUCCCCAGCCGCUGCCGACGCUCCGCAGGACCCCCGGCAACCCCUUCUCCCCGGUCCAGCUGCAGGCGCCGCCGGCGCCGAACCCUCCUGCAUGCAACAGAGAAGCAAUGUACAUGCAGCAGCCAUGCUAUAUGUCAGGGCCAGCAGCACAGGCCGCGGCUAAUGCAACCUACUACUCACAGAUGCAGACGCACAUAAUGUAUCCGACUGCGGAGAUGAUGGCGCAUGGCAAUGUACAGGCACAGGCGCAGGCCGCCAUGUACUACCAGGCAGCAUCUCCGAACAACUCCAACACCCAACAAAUGCGCGUACUCCAGUUCCCCCCGGCCGCCGGCAGCUAUGGGGCGCAUGAUGCCUACUCCCACCGCCCCGUGCUUCUGAAUCUGUUCCCACAGUACCCCACCUUUGCAAAUCGCAAGAAGACCCGUUGCGUCGGGAGCGUUGGCUCCGCGAGGCCAUCGACCUCAAGGUCGAUCUCUUGGGAAAUGGAGAGUCCCAAGAUCCCCGACUGACACAUUGUUGUCGAUCUAUGACUUCUUUGGUGAAGGCUACUGAAGGUGAUGCAUGAUUGCUGAUAUGCUCGACAAGUACUUUGUUGAAAUCAUAUAAGCUAUCUCUCAGUCUCAUGGACAAGCCAUUGAGUAGAUGUACCAGUUUUCUUUCAUGGGAUAUUUAGUUGGAAUGUUGGUUUACUUAGGUAAUUAGGAGGAAAAUGUGUAUUGCUUCAUAAACUUGAAGCAUGCAUCGGAAACCUUGUUAA